AUGACUUAUGGAAGGCCUGGAGCCAGUGGGUUUGGCGACGGAUAUGAACUGGAUAAGAGUGAGGUGACAACGUUUGACCUGCCCCUCUCAGCCAGCCAUGGAGCCACUGACGCUUCUGCCUCUAACAUCAGCGUGGAUGGAGCAGGGGCUGUGGCCGGGGUGGAAUCUCUGGCUGGGGGGGCUGAAGUGUCAGUGGGCGCCGAGGCCCAGCGGACACGGGCUGCUCUGGAGCUGCUACAGCAGAAGAUCCUGAAGAGCAUUGAGCAGAUUCGGAUAGAACAGGAGGCACGAAACGACAAUGUGGCAGAGUACUUGAAGCUGGCCCACAAUGCCAACAGCCAUCAGGCUUUUCGUAUCAAACAGGUGUUUGAGAAGAAGAACCAGAAGUCUGCACAGACCAUCGCCCACCUGCACAAGAAGCUAGAUCUCUACCACAAGAAGUUUAAGGAGAUACAGCAGCAAGGUCUGGGCCGGCAGCCUAAGUAUGUGCUGGGGGAUAUGCAGCAGGGGCUGAAGGAUGUAGGGGCUAACGUACGGGCAGGGAUCAGUAGCUUUGGUGGAGGUGUGGUGGAGGGUAUCAAAGGGGGCGUGUCAGAACUCACCCAUACAGCUGUGGUGUCUAAGCCCCUGGAGUUUGUCAGCUUGAUCCGCAACAAAUUAGGCAGCACACACUCGCUGGAGGAUGGUGUGGAGGAGCAUUCAGAUGAUGUACCCCUGAGUAGCAGCGUCACCUUGGCCUCCAGCUCAAAGUACAGUAGUGACGACGAGUGCUCCAGUGACUCUGUGACAGAUAGUAAUUAUUUGGGGGCUGGGGGAGGAGGGGGGAUGUUGGGGUUGGGGCUGGCCAGGCUGGACGGGAACGACCACCACAGGUCCUGGGACACUUGGCUGGAAGGCCUGCAGGAGAUCAAAGCCAGCCAGGCCCACAUGGAGGACGCCAUCGAGGACAUGAAGAGUCAGCUGCAGAGCGACUACGCCUACAUGACCCAGUGCCUACAGGAAGAGAAAUACAGGUAUGAGCUACUGGAGGAGCAGCUGAAUGACCUGACAGAGCUGCACCAGAACCAGAUGUCCAACCUGAUACAGGAGCUGGUCAGCAUGGAAGAGAAAGUAACCUACCAGUCCUAUGAGAGAACCAGAGACUCUCAGGAGGCGGUGGAGUCAUGCAUGAACCGCAUCUCUAGGUUAGAGCUGCAACAGCAGCAGCAGCAGAUGCUGCAAUGGGAGGGUGUGGAGAACGCCAAUGCCCACGCCCUGCUGGGAAAACUCAUCAACAUCAUCCUGGCUGUCAUGGCUGUAGUGCUCGUGUUUGUCUCCACCCCUGCUAACUUUAUCACCCCACUCAUAAAGACCAGAGCACGUGUGGCUGCCACUGUCUUGCUGGCCCUUUUUCUGUUUAUCCUCUGGAAGUACUGGGACUUCUGGGAGCUUUGGCUAUUGUCAGGCUGACCCCUCCAUAGGCCAUCACCCACACACAUUGUACUUGACCUAUCACCUACACUGAAAAAAAUGAAGGUUCCUUGGAGAACUCUUGCCCGAUAAAUAAACUUGGAGUUAAGUGUAAGGUUCUUGACGUGGCAUCUACAGUUCUUCAGAAUUCUAAAAGGUUCUUGAAAUGUAUGAGAGCCUGCAGAUGUGUCCCUUUCAUAGCACACAGCAAAUUGGCCAGAGUUAUUCAGUGUAACAUUUCUAGUGUCGAUUCAAGAGUUUCGUUAACACGGUAAAUAGUUAAAUUAACACUAAGUGGUGUAAAAUAGACCCAGUGUUAGUGUUAAUAACCAGAGUUGAACAUAAACCACACCCCAGCAUACUAUAUUGCAGGUUGAUUUUUAAAAAUUGUUUGUUAAAAUCUAUGUUUUUCCAUGUACUUUGAUUAAUUAAUCUUACACUACUCAAAUAUAAAUAGCAUUGUUGCAUCCCAAGUGGCGCAGUGGUCUAAGUCCACCUUUUUAACAUGCAGCAUUUAACGAUCCCUCGGUUGAUGAGAAACCUGCGCUCGUUGUGGUGGUUCUAUUACCGUUGCUUCUUCCUAGCCACUCGUUCCUUCCAAUUUUCUCACCGCCUCCAGAUAGGAGACACGCUGGACAUUCCUUAGCCUUGCCAUCUCAUUCUCCUUCACCCUAACAGGGUACUCCAAGAAUUCAGGCUCAUGUUCACGUGCACAGUUUCAGCAUUUCCCUUCAUCUGGAAAACUAUAUUCUUCCCUUCUGCACACACUUGACACAUUACCACAUAUUUUACAUUUAUGGGGCUUGUGCACAAAAGCUCUUACAGGGUAACUCGUGAAUACUAAUUUAUAUCAAAGAACAAUAGCAUGGAUGAAAUGAACUUCUUUUCUCCGUCCACCAUACAGGUCAAUCGACGGGCACCAACCACUCCAUCGAUGUCUUCAGUUAUAUCCUCUGCCUUUAUUUCUAGCGCCACCCCAGAAAUAACCUUGAUAGGCGUCCUGCUACGAGAAUCCAUGCAGGAAACAUUCCACUGCGAUAUAUUUGAGUCUUAACACGCGCUUCUUCUGCUCCGCAGACACACAAAAAAUCAAAAUAAGACCACUAAUUGUAAUUAUCACCGACACUUCCUUCCAACACAUUCCAGAGUUUCCUGGAGACGUUAAAUGGAUUUCCCAAGUAGCAUUGAUCCAAAACCCUGACCAAAAAUGAGUCUAGUGGUUUCCUAUUUUCCACCAUAGUUGUGUUUCUCAUUUCCCUUUGUCUUUGCCACUGUAACCCACUCAUUUUCCCUUUCUGCACUAUUAGCUUCACUCGACUCACUAGCGGUUUCAAACAAACCUUCAGUUUCCGCCAUCUCCGUCCCCCACAUCCGUUACCUCUCCACAUUAGUCUGCGAAUCAGAGGAACAUUUAUUGGUUGAUGGGAUUAACCAAAGUGAUCAAUUAUCCCGGGGAUGAAUUACUUCAUGAAUGUGUAUUGUGUGACUCAAAGAAGAAGACAUGGCACAAGUUAUCGAAGUGUGGGUUUAUGUAAAACUGUUAGAAUGUAAUAUGUCCAUGAGAACUUGUGCAUUUCUGGUAUAAAUGUGUUUUGGGGCUAUCAUGAUGGAACAUUCCUAGCAGAAGUGAAUUCAUGGAAAGAGUACUUAUGUGCUCAGUUGGCCUUUGGCUGGGAGGAGAGCAGGCUAGGCAGGUAACAGGUUGGUUAGAGUAGAGCCAUACCUGAGUUUUGUUAUAGGCAAGGAGUUGUUGCAGGAAUAGUUUAUGCUGAGAACGUCUUUGAUUUAUUCAAAUCUUGUCAUCACCCUAUGUGUUAUUUUCUGUACAAAGUUUAUUAGCCAAUUCAUCCUGCAUCUGUUAAUAUUGUAAAUAAAACCCUCUAAGAGAGGUGAGCACCAGAA